AGAUUUCCUAGAUGGCGUGCUUGUAAUGUAAACAUUUGUGGUAUUCGUUGUUGCGCGCCAAUAUCCUCCAUUUAUCUCUAAAAUCAUAGUGAUAACCGUGAGACACGUGCGGAAAUGGCAGGUAUAAAUGAUGGCUCCGCUGAAAAAUGUACUCCGGCUGAAAGCUUGGGGGUCAUGAAAUUGAAUGACCAUAAAGCUGGUAUGCAAGGAUUGGAUACAGCAAAGAUCAAUCAAAUCAUAGAAGAAGCUUCCAAAGGUUCGCAAUUCUAUCAGCACAAGCAGAAAAACCAAGAAAGAAUUAAUGCCAAGAUUGCUAAUUUGAAGGCUGCUUGUGCCAAAUUAAGUGAAGAGCAAAAGAAAUUAGGUCGAGCCAAGAUGGACAAUUUGGCUCGAAAACUUGAAUUGAUGAGGGACUUGUCUCGAACAAUCGUUCACGUAGAUAUGGACGCCUUCUAUGCUGCUGUCGAAAUGAGAGAUUGCCCUGAGCUAAAGACGAAGCCAAUGGCAGUUGGUUCUUCUGCAAUGUUGACAACAUCAAAUUAUCAUGCGAGACGGUUUGGUGUCAGAGCAGCCAUGCCAGGAUUUAUUGCGAAAAAGUUGUGUCCUGAACUCGUGAUUGUCCCCACAAACUUUCCAAAGUACACGGAAGUGAGCCGUCAGGUGCAGAAAGUUUUCGCCGAUUACGACCCCGAGUUUAGCGCCGCUUCGCUCGACGAGGCUUAUUUAGACAUCACCAACUUUCUUACCGCUCGUAAAGACGCGGGUGCUGAGAUGACGGCAGCAGAAGCUGUUGAAGAAAUGCGAGCCAAAAUCUUGGAAUCUACCCAAUUAACUGCUAGCGCUGGCAUCGCUCCCAAUGGGAUGUUGGCUAAAGUGUGUUCCGACAAGAACAAACCCAACGGCCAAUUCGUUUUGGAAAACACUAGAGAGGCGGUCAUGGAGUUUAUCAAAGACUUGCCCAUCCGAAAAAUCAGCGGCAUUGGCAACGUGACGGAGCAGCUUUUGGGCUCUUUGGAUGUUGGCACCUGCCAAGAUUUGUGGGAUAAACGAGAAUUGUUGUAUCUUUUGUUUAGCGAGUCCAGUUACGACUAUUUUCUCCGGGUCGCUCUUGGAAUAGGUUCUCUUGGCGGUGAUGGGUCGGAGAGGGAACGCAAAUCAGUCAGCUGUGAAACGACGUUCCGCUCUACUAGCGACCAUGAAGAAUUAUGCGACAUUAUCCGGCAAUUGAGCACGGAUUUGGCACACGAUCUGGAACGCCACGGUUUGACGGGCCGAUCGGUCACGUUGAAAUACAAAACGGACAAGUUUGACGUGAAAACGCGCAUCACGCAAUUGAUGGAACAGACGCGAGAUGGCUCUGUCAUCGCGAAAGCAGCUCUGAGUUUGUUGCCCGUUGGGCUGCAUUUGCGCCUGUUGGGCGUUCGCAUGUCACAAUUGACGUCGUCGCCAGCUGGAACAGGAAAUAACAACUCUAGCCGGAAACAGCGUACCCUGGACGAACUGCUACUGGCCGUUGAGUGUCCUGCCAGGAAAAAGAGGAAAUUGGACGCCCAAGUGUCCAACUCUUUUACGGAACCGGAUCCAACAACAACAGCGCCUCUCUUGUUCACCUGUCCAGUCUGCCACGAGUGGCGAACAUCCGACGGUGAAGUCGCUCUCAACCGACACAUGGACGAGUGUUUGAAUCAACAAGUUCUUUUUCCAGAACAGCAGACAACAUCAACCGGCUCUUCUUCUUCCCAGGCGAAACUCGAUCGUUACGUAAUCCGACGCGCUAAAUAAUUCUGAAAAUUCAUUAUUCAAAUUUUGCUACUCGGGAUUUCUAUCAAUGAACAUCCCGCUAGGAGCGCUGUCGUCGUUUCCUUAUCGAUUUGGGAAAAUGUUAACGAUGGCGCUUUUCAAUAAUAGACGUUCGUACUUAACUUGCAAUAGGAAAUCAAAUGUCAACACAACGGCCAGAGUUCUUCGCGUGUUGGGUCCCUCUUUUCUACGGAGGGGGGU